AUGCCACCGGCCAAGACCUCGGGCCACUGCGCCAUCAUCUUUUGUGCUACAGCGUUCGCCUUGUCUGCCGUCGCCAUCGGCCUCCCGCGCUGGUCGGCGGGUGCCAACUUUACCGACGGCAUUGGCGCGCUUUGCCUCACCAACGUGCCUGGCCGCUCGAGCUUUUGCAGCGUGCCCUCCGACUCGCCGCUUCUUGGCGAGACGGCGACGUGGGCAGGCCUCUCGACGCCGCAGCUCGUCGACCACGUCUCCUCUGCGUGUGGCUUUAAUGGCUACGCGCUGAUUGCGAUGGUGGCGCUCGAGAUGGCUAUGGGCUUUGUGUCGCUCGUCGCGCUCUUCAACGGUAUCUGCUUUGGCCGGCACAAAGGCCCAGCGUUGCCUAUUGCAGUUGUCUGCAACGCCGCCGCCUUCCUUGCCGCGAUCCUCGUCGUUUGUCUCUACGCCAAGCCCGACGGCGCCUCGUACGAUGUUUCAUGGUACCUCUUGCUGGCUUCUGCGUUCCUCUACGUCAUCUCGCUCAUGUGCGGUAUCGUCUUUCGCACCACACGCCGCCACGUGGACGCGAACGAGGGCGACGAUUUUGCGCAUGUCCGCUUAGAGACGCCUACGGGCAGCGUAGUCUAA